AUGGCUGCCCUCUCCUCUUCCUUCCUCUCGACCCCUCUCGCCGGUCGACCUCCUGCUAUCUCCCUCCGUCGUUCGUCCGAUCGCGCCUUCAACUCUCCUUCCGCCACUCCCCCCAUCCGCGCUGCUGCUCCCUCAGAACGCACCGCCACCAGCGCCACCAGUAGCAGCGCCGUCGAGGCUCCGCUGUCGGCGGUAUCUUCCCCGCAGCAGCGUCCGCGCGGGGUCUCCGCGCCGGAUGCCUCUCCGCGCAAGCCCGCGUGGCUGCGCCAACGCGCGCCGCAGGGGAAGCGGUACGAGCAGGUGCAGGAGUCGCUGCAAGGGCUGCGACUGAAUACCGUAUUCUGCGCCGUGGCGACGAGUCCCACCCCUGCGCCGCCCGACGAGAACGAGCCUGAAAACACGGCGAGGGCCAUUGCGUCAUGGGGGGUGGGGUACAUAGUGCUGACGAGUGUGGACCGGGACGACCUGCCUGAUGGCGGAGCCAACCACUUUGUGCGCACGGUCAAGGAGCUCAAGUCGCUGCGCCCGGACAUUCUGGUGGAGUGUCUCGUGUCAGAUUUCCGUGGGGACAAGGUGGCAGUGGCGGCGCUCGCCACAUCGGGCCUGGAUGUCUUUGCACACAACGUGGAGACUGUCAAGAGACUGCAGCGCUCCGUCAGAGACCCACGCGCCGGUUAUGAGCAGUCUUUGACCGUACUACAGCAUGCGAGGGAGGUGGCUCCGGGCGUGGUAACCAAGUCGUCCAUAAUGCUGGGGCUGGGAGAGACAGACGAGGAGGUGGCGCAGACAAUGAGGGAUCUGAGGGAUGCAGGGGUGGAGAUUGUGACUCUCGGGCAGUACCUGCAGCCCACGCCGAUUCACCUGCCCGUGAAGGAGUUUGUCACACCGGCCAAGUUCGAUGAGUGGAGGCAGUACGGGGAGUCCAUUGGUUUCCGAUAUGUUGCCAGCGGACCUCUGGUCCGCUCUUCGUAUCGAGCUGGGGAGUUUUUUGUGGAGUCAAUGCUUCGAAAGAGGCAGCAGGAGGCUGCAGCUAUGCAAUAA